UAUUAAUGUUACAAUGGAAGCAAAGAAGAAUAUAAGAUGAAAGGAAUAAGCAACAGCUAAGCAGGCAGUGCUAUAAUUAUAACUUAUAGCAAUUACUACCAAGUCUUAAAGAAAUUAAGGCCAUGGGUCACCAUUCUUGCUGCAACCAACAGAAGGUUAAGAGAGGUCUCUGGUCACCUGAAGAAGAUGAAAAGCUCAUUCGCUAUGUCACCACUCAUGGCUAUGGCUGCUGGAGUGAAGUCCCUGAGAAAGCUGGGCUUCAAAGAUGUGGGAAGAGUUGCCGUUUAAGAUGGAUUAACUACUUGAGACCUGAUAUCAGGAGAGGCAGGUUCACUCCUGAUGAAGAGAAGCUUAUCAUCAACCUCCAUGCUCUUGUUGGCAAUAGAUGGGCACAUAUAGCAAGCCAUUUGCCAGGAAGAACAGAUAAUGAGAUAAAGAACUACUGGAACUCAUGGAUCAAGAAGAAGAUCAGAAAACCAUUAAGUACAACAACAACAACAGCGGGAGCAGCAACAACAGCAACAUCAUCUUCUUCAACAACAAUGAGCACAAUUCCAUCAGGUUUGGAUCUUGUACAAAUGAGUUAUAACACCUCCAUUGACCAGCUUGACUCUCUCCUCACAACAACAACUGCAACAACAACAACAACAGCAAAGUCAUCAGUGACACAUGAGAACAUAUUUGCAACAUCUCAUCAUACAUGUCCUAUCUUCAUGUUUGAUCCAAGCAUAAAUGGAGAUGAGAGUGCAAGUCCUAGUACUAAUAACAUAUGGAACAUUAACGUAGACACUAACAUGGACCCAAACUAUUUGCCACCUUUGGUUGAUGGGUUAGGGAACAUGGGAAUGGUGGGCAUGGAUGAGGGAGUGCUCCAUUGUUGUGGAGAUGAUGAUCAUGGAGGUCAUGAAACCAGCAGGGAUAGUUUUGGAAAACAAGAUCAGCAGCAACUUAUUAGUGAUUGGAUGGAUUCACAACAUUAUCCUGGUCUUCUUUUUUGGGACACUGCUACUAGUGUUCAAGGCCAUGCAACUCAUGCAACUACUCCACAUCAUGAACAUGAACCACUUCAACAAACCCAAACUAAUAAUAAUAUUCUUAUUAAUGACUCUAUCCUCUCUACUUCUUCUUCUUCUUUCCCUUCUUCUUUAUGAGAUCAUCUCUCUCUCUCUUUGUGGAAAUAAGAGGGUUUUCAUAUUAUUAUUUAUGGGUUAAUGUUAAUUAAGCAUGCAUGUGGAUGCAUGCAUUUGUCAAGUGUUGUGUUUGUCUGAUAGAGAAAAAGGUGGGGGAAAACAAGUUAAAAACAGUUGGUGAUAUUAAUUGUGAAUGAUCUUUAUUGACUUGAUCUUUUGAUAAUAAAUCUCCUUUGUUGUUUGUGUUGU